AUGGAGUUCACCGGUAGCCCUUCCGCAGCGCAGGUUUCGCAGCCUGUUACACCGAAACACCGCCCGGCGACAUACCGCGACUUACUGCAAAGUUUUGGAACACGCAGCUCGGCCACUUCGGUUACCAAAGCUCGGCGCAUAUCUGCGAUUGUCUCACAUGAACAAGCUUCUCCAGCUGCAGGUGGGGCUAGCAAACCGGAACUGAGCCGCUUGCGGUCUUUCACCACAGAUUCUGAGCUUGAGCUCUCCGAGCCUCGUUCUACCUCCACCGCUUUCACGAGCCCCACGAAAUCAGUCCCCGCCCCCAUUGACGACAGUGAAGACGAGCUCCACUCAUCAACGCAGGAGACCAAGAGGGCCCCUCGACGGUCUCAAACAAUGCUAGGUCAAGGCGGAGAGGAACUGAAGAUGGAGCCACGAAGGAACGACCGGCGUGGCGAUGCACCAAGGCGGAGCGCACGCAACAGGAAGUCUAACAUAUUGGAAUCUGACACCUUGCACGACGAGCUUGCUUUAACACCCCCGAAGAUGAAGGCCCCGCCUCGUCCUAAGCUUGACACGGCACGUCAACGAUUGCGCGAUGAUAUCGCUGCUCAGACGAAGGCUAAAGCGAAUAACUUCCUCGUUGCGCAUAAGGACUACUUCCUGCCGCUUCUUCCUCGCAACAACUACGUUUCCAAGCUUGUGGCCAAGGGUCCAAUUGUCGAGUAUGAAGAGCUUAAAGAGCAGCCGAGGGGAGUGACCGCUACCAUGAAGCCAUACCAACUAUCUGGGCUGUCGUUUCUUGUCUACCUCCACAACAAUGGGUUUUCUGGCAUCCUUGGAGAUGAGAUGGGUCUGGGAAAGACAUUACAAACCCUCUCUCUCUUCCAGUAUCUCGAAGAAAAAGUUCAGGAAACUGGCGUACAUUCUGAGGAGCUCCGUCCAUACCUCGUGGUCUGCCCGUUGAGUGUCUUGAACUCUUGGGUUGGCGAAGCGAAGAAAUGGGUACCUGGUUUGAAGGUCCUCCGGUUUCAUGGCACGGCCAAGGAACGGGAGCACCUCAAGAGGGUGGCUCAAGGAAUGGAGGACAAGUACGGGAAUGAGACACUUCAGGCAAUGGACCGGAAAGCAUCUCGAAAGGCUGGUCUCAGCGUGCCCAAAUUGCCCACUGAGCAACAGGGAAGCCAGUCGUACAAGCUCGUCGUUACCACUUAUGAGGCAUUUUUGGCUGAGCAGACUUGGUUCAAGCAUUCAUUUGUGUGGCGCUACAUUGUCCUUGAUGAGGGCCACCGAAUCAAGAACAACAUCACCAACAUAUCCUCUGCGCUGAAGUCAGUGAGCGCAGAGUACCGUCUCAUCUUGACAGGAACGCCGCUACAGAACAAUCUUGUCGAGAUGUGGGCCUUGCUUGCUUGGCUUUACCCGGAUGUUUUCACAGCGAGCACUGCCGACCUUUUCAAACAAUCAUUCGAUCUCGGCAGGGGACAGGUCAACAAGCAAACGUUGGACGACGCUCGUCGCCUUCUCGAGCUUAUCAUGUUGCGCCGCAUGAAGGAUAGUCCCGGUGUGGAUCUUAAUCUCCCUCCGAAGGAAGAGGUGCUGCUCUACGUUCCGCUGACACCCAUGCAACGAUUCUGGUACACUAGACUCCUUACGCGUGUUGAUGAGGCCAUCCUCGAAGAUCUCUUCGCGAACGUUCAGGUCAAAGAGAAGGACGUUUUGCAGAAAGAGAAGGAAGAGGACGAGAUGUGGGCGAAAGUGGAAGAGCUUGAGAGGAAACCCGAAGGCGAAAAGACAGAGGAGUGGCAGGAAACGGCCGAGAUUAUGAAGCAGGUCAUCGAAAAGGAGAAGUCGGAGGCGGGCUCGGGCAGUCGCAACGACUGGCAGAAACUGAUGAACCUCGUCAUGCAACUCCGAAAGUGCUGCUCGCAUCCCUACCUAAUCAAGGGAGCGUGCCCAGACCCCUACUACUUGGGAGAUCAUGUCAUCCGCGCAUCUGGGAAGUUCAUUCUCUUGGAGAAGCUGUUGAAGCAUCAAAUCUUUGAAGAAAAGAAGAAGGUCCUUAUUUUCUCUGGCUUCAAGCAGACACUCGCCUGUGUGGAGGAUCUCCUUGUACUCCUUGGGGACCAUGGACGUGAUUUCAAAUACCUGCGUCUCGACGGCGACACUUCUCGAGCACGCCGCAAUCUUGGUAUUCGCAUGUUCAAUGACCCCAAGUCGGAUUAUAAGGUCAUGCUGUUGUCUACCCGUGCCGGCGGCUUGGGAAUCAACUUGACAAGUGCCGAAGACGUGAUCUUCCUUGACGAAGACUGGAACCCUCAGAUCACUUUGCAAGCUGAGGCGCGCGCUCACCGCAUCGGUCAGACAAAGAAGGUCACCAUCUAUAAGCUUUGCACGCAAGGUACGGUAGAGGAGCAGAUGAUGGGUCGGAUUCGCAAGAAGCUCUACCUUUCAGCCAAGAUCACAGAGUCUAUGCGCAACAUACACACUGAGGGUGCAAAGGCUAAGGGCCGCCCUUCCACAACGGAGGAUAUGCCGCAAAUGGGUACUACGCAGCUCAAGUCCUUGGUGCGUCGAGGUGCGCAGACCCUGUCUCAUCCAGACAUCAACGUCACGGAGAUGCUUUCCUGGGAUCUUGACACCAUGCUCCGGAAGUGCCGUGACAAGCCCUCUGAUAUCGUUACCUCGGAGGCCGAUGAGGAGAAGUGGUUAGCUACCAUGGAGCGUGUCGAAUGUGCCGUUUUCGAUGGUAAACGUCAUCAUCGCGCACUCAAUACCGACAGUCCCGCCGCCAAUAUUCUCCCACCCACCAUUAGCCGCGAGGACCGCCGCAAGGGCAAGAACGUCACCGUCAUGGUCGAUGGUUUCGCGAUCAGCAAAGAGUCCCUCAACUGUGCCGACUGGGAAGCCGUCCCCACCCUCGCCGGCAAGGACCCUCGUCUCGCUGAAGCCAAGCGCGAGAAACGCCGUGACAUCGCUCACCAGACUCAUUGUCAUGCCUGCUUCGAGUACGGCGACCUGAUCCAAUGCAGAGGCUGCCCUCGUUCUUACCAUUUCAACUGCCUGGAGCCCGAUUUCCAAGUCAAGACCAAGAACUUUGGAGGCUUCGUCUGCCCACAGCACCAGUGUGUGGACUGCGGCAAGAGAACUGCUGAUGCGGGUGGCUUGAUUUACCGCUGCCGAUGGUGCGCGAACGGGUUCUGCGAGGAUUGUCUCGAUUGGGAUAAUGCGGAGCUCAUUGGUGAGAAUUUGCCGGAGUUGGAGGUCCUGGGUGAGCCGCCUAUGGCCGGGGCGUUCUACAUCGUGUGCCCGCCGUGCAAGGAGGCCGCUGAGGAGAAUGAGGAGCGGAGGGAGUGGAUGCAGGGAUUGGAGACGGCGUAUAAGGAGCAGCAUGAGCAGUGGGUCCAGGCGAGAGAUCAGGAGCAGAGGGAGAUUGAGGAAGAGAUGGAGAGGGAUGAACAAGCGCGGAAGGGGAGAAAGAUGGAUUUGCCGGACAGGACGGUUUACCGCAACAAGCAAGCCAGCCGACUAAAUGGUCACCUUGCGCGUCUGGACAGGUACUAUUCCAAUGGCGAUUCCGCGUCUACAGAGGAAUCUGAUACCGGCUCUCCCACUUCGUUGACGGAUAGCAGUCUUACUACUCCGGCAUUGGGAGGAUCUUCCGGAAGGGGCACUCCCAAUCUCAUCUACGCGAAUGGUAGGAACGGUAACGGGCGGAACAACAAGAGGCGUCCUAUCGUCCGUGACGAAGAAGAUUACGACGGAGUCCGUGAGGAAAAACGUCCCCGUCUCAAUAUUCGGGACUGCGACGGAGACGAUGAUGGACCUGUGGUACGUGGGAGGAGGAAGUCGGCAUAUGUGAGUCCGAGCCGGAUGAACGACUCGGGACGCCGGUAUUAG